UGUCAUUUUGCCAACGCAGGUUACACAACCAGGCCGUCAUGCAAAAUAGAAACACGUGGCUAUAGGCGGUGCUGAAAAAAAAAAAAAAACCGCAGCUUUACCGGACAACAAAGACUCGCAACCAGCUGCGUCGGAGAGAGGACAAUGAUACGAACAUGAUCAGCGCCGAUGGCUUCUCUAAAUGCGAGGCGACUGUGCAGCAGGGAGGUAGGAGGAGGCCACCCGCAGAGAUGCUCCAUCUGCUGUCAGCCGUCAUUGUCUGGCUGGUGACCGGAACCACCAUCUCCAGCCUCAACAAAUGGAUAUUCGCCGUUUACAACUUCAGGUACCCUCUGCUGCUGUCGGCGCUGCACAUGCUGACAGCCAUCGUGGUGGACUACGGGCUGAUCAAGCUGCAGGUGAUCCGCCACAGAGGGGCCGGAGAGCAGGACCUGACCCCCAGCGCCAAAUGUAAGGUGUUCCUGCUGAGCCUGACGUUUUGCGCCAGCAUCGCCUUCGGGAACAUGGGUCUGAACUAUGUCCAGCUGUCGUUUGCACAAAUGAUCUACACUACCACGCCGCUCUUCACCCUGGCCAUCUCCACGCUGAUCCUGGGCAAGCAGCAUCACAUCCUCAAGUACACAGCCAUGAUGCCCAUCUGCCUGGGGGCGUCCUUCAGCAUCAUGGGAGAGGUCCAGUUCGACCAGACCGGCUGCUUCUUUGUGUUCGCAGCGACCAUGUUGAGGGGCGUCAAGUCCAUUCAGCAGAGCAUCUUACUGCAGGAGGAGAAGAUCAACUCUGUGUUCUUGCUCUACCUGAUGUCCAUUCCUAGCUUCUGCAUCUUGGCUGUGGCCGCUCUGGCGUUAGAAAACUGGGCCGUGCUGGAGUCACCGCUGCAUUACGACCGCCACCUGUGGGUCUUCAUCCUGCUCAGCUGCCUGGGCUCGGUCAUGUACAACCUGGCCAGCUGCUGCGUCAUCACGCUCACCUCGGCCGUCACUCUGCAUAUCCUCGGCAACCUGAGCGUGGUGGGAAACCUGCUGUUGUCUCAGCUGCUCUUCGGGAGCGAGCUGUCGGCCCUGAGCUGCGCCGGCGCUGUGCUCACGUUGUCCGGCAUGCUCAUCUAUCAGAACUCUGAAUUCAUCGUCAGCUACCUGGACGCUCGCAGGGCCAAAGCUAAAGGGUCCGAACAGGCAGGUUUUCACACUACAGGGGAAGAGGACUCGACCGCAGCUGAAAAAACAUUUCAACAACAGAGAGUGGAUGGAAAACAGGAAGACAAAAUGGACUGAACUGAAAGGAUGAAGGGGAGAAUAAAAGAAAAAGAAACCUUUCUACAUUGCAAUGCAUUUUCUCUACCCUUUGUGUCAUUAAGCCGUCAAGAGCAUCAAGAGUGAGACUUCUUAAUGGAGUGACAGAUCGUUUUUUAGUUAUUUUUUUAAAUUCCUCACUGUGCCAAUUGAUUUCUCCUCUGGUCACACAGAACUGGAGUCUGCAGAGAGGAAAAGGUUGCCUUUAUUUUCCACAGUGACGGUUGAAUUCUCUCCUUUUGUCUGUAAAUCACUCCUAUAUAGCAGUAUAUGCAUGCACGAGCACACUGAACUGUUUGGUACCUCAUCAGGUAUUCACACUGUCACUCAUACUAAUCCACUGUGAAAAUGUUCUCAUUUCCAGAGGGCUCUAAUCGAUAUUUUUGGGUGGCUGUUGUGGAUAUUGUCUGCUGCAGUGAGCCUCAUGUGACAUUAAGGGGGGGCGGGGCUUAGAAAGCACCCCGCCUCGAAUCUAAACGGGCACAAUUUGUAUUAAAAAUCUAUAUUUAUGGUACUGAUAUGCACCCGGCCCUGUCACGGUAAGGGACUGGGGUUUUUCGGCAGCUUUUUUCUUUUUGGUACGUAAACUAGAAAGCUUGUUAAAUAAGGUCGAAGUUACAGACGAAGCCAACAUUUCUGUACAAUGAGACGCCUCUUUUCCUCCACUGAAGCACAUUUUUAAUAAGAGGCCUGAGCUCUUUGUUUUGUGUCUUUUUUUUCCUCCCAUAUGAACUGCGGUGUAGCUUCCUACUUAAGGCCUAGAUUUUGCCCUCAUACCAACCUGGAAAGACGGUCUCUGUAGGAUAAGUCCAAUUAUUUCCAUCCUUUACAGCAGCACGCUCCUCGAUAAUUAGGUUGACGAGUCCUCUAAGGAGUGUCAAUCAACUUUAGCUGUCUUUUCCCUGCGGGUGAGAGGAGGAAAAAGAAAGCCCGGGCUGUCCUUUACAGUCGCUUCUUAAA